AUGUCGCAAAAAUCGCUUAAUAAUUAUGAAUGGAGCCAUAUUGUAUUUACUUUGAAAAUAGACAGUGGCUAUAAUAUAAUAUCAAGCUAUAUAAAUGGACUAUCUGACUCUUCUACAAUGACAGGAUAUGGAACUUUUUAUGAUAUAGGUCCUCAUACCACAAUGGCUAUAGGAGCUCAAGUUAGCUCUUCAGCAGUUUAUAAUUAUUAUCAAGGCUUUAUUUAUACUAUUCAGAUUUUUAAUGCAGUAAAGCCUAUAUCAAGCCUGUCAAUUACAUCUUGUACUGAAAGCUGCAGUGUUUGUCCUAUUAGCCAAAUCUGCAUACCUAACUGCAAAAUAAAAGAAUAUUGAAGCGGCCCAGCCUAUAACAAAUGCUAUAGUUGUAAUAUUAAAUGUAAAAACAGCUGCAGAGACUGACGAAAUACUUGCUCACUUUGCGAUGAUUUAUUAUGUGAAUCCUGCAAUGAUUAUUCAAGCUGUGAAGCUUGUAAAGAGAAUGCUGCUAACCCUGAUUCAUGCACCUGUGAUGAUAGUUAUGCACUUGAUGAUACCCAAAGUAAUACAUGCAUUCCAAUUGAGCCUGGCGGAUUCAAAGGGGAAGAUGGGCACUCUCAUAAAUGUCCAAAUUUAUGCAUAUCUUGUGAGUCUCUUACAAAAUGCACAGCUUGCUCAAGUAAUGCUAGUCUUAAAAACGACCUAUGCUCUUGCAACUUAGGAUAUAAUGGAAUAGAAAGUUGUAGUUUAGUCUCUUUUUCAGCAAAGCUUACAGUUUUGGCUGAUGACUCUUUAUAUCUGACUUUUUCUGAAAGUCUAGUAAAAGAUCUAACUACUUCAGAUUUUGUUAUAAUAAUUGGAAAUCGAGUAGAACCUUCAUUUAAAUUAGAGAAAAUAAGUGGCAUAUGCUACUAUAUUUCUUUAGUAAUUACUGAGGAAAUUUCCCAAGAUACUUUAGUUACUAUACAAUUCUUUAACCUACCAAAAUUAAUAUCGGUAUCAAACGGUAUCUUAAAUUCAUCAGAGAUUUCUGCAAGCUUAAACUCAUAUGAUCCAGCAUCAUAUUCGACAGUUACUAAGUCAGUCUCGUCUAAAUCUCAAACAGCAUCUCAAUCAACUGUAUCUGUAGUUGCUUCUAUGUCAAUUAUAAAUUCAAGUCCAAGCUCUUUAUGAAGCCUGAUGAACACUUUGCAAAUUCUGAGCUAUAUGACUUUAUCAGGAAUCCCUUUUUCAAAAAAAAUGAGAUCAUUUUUGAAUAAUUUGAAUUCUUUUAGUUUAUUACCUAACGUUUUCCCAUAUUUUAUAGAUAAAAACAAAGGAAAUACUCCAUACUCUCAAGCUAAAGAAUUUGGAUUUGACACUGAUUUAAUCCUAAUAAAUCAAGGAAAUUAUUUUACAUUGCUUUUAGGCUCAAUUGCAGCUCUACCUUUAAUUUUAUAUUUUUCACGAUGCUCUAAUAGAUGGAUAGGUAAAAAAUUUACAAAAAGAUUGAAAGAUUAUCAAUAUGCCUUUUAUUUCAGGUUUUUGAUUCAAUGCUAUCUUGAGUUAGGAGCAGCUGCAUGCAUUGGACUUACAAUUUUAGAACUUAGCAAUAUUACACGAAUUGCAAAUUUUGCUUUGUGUUUAUCUCUUUUCAUAUUACUAAUAGUUACUCCAGGUGCAUAUUUUAUGUUUUCUUAUAAAAAUAAAGCCCGCAUUAUAGCCCGUGAGAAAGCAUUUUUUGCCUCAUUUUUUUUAUGAGUUUCGAGCAGAUAA